UCAUUCCUUUCGGAUCCUGAAAAUUAAUGAAUGAAAUGAGCACUCUAAAUUUUCUCACUCUCACUCAACCCCCUCGCGCCUCACGGAGCUCUCAGCUCAGCAUUGGCUCAGUACGGCCGAGUAGUCAUCCACGGCGGCGGUGUCAGUUCCCGAUUCAUCCAUGGCGGACGCCGAUUCCAGGUCCGAUCUCCUUCUCAUUCUCCUUGCACCUCUAUCCUCCGUUUCCUUCCAAUCGCAUGGUUCGUCAAUUGGGCUGUUUGAGUUCGGAUUACGCGGAGAUCAUCGCAGUUCGCCACGGCGAAACGGCCUGGAACGCUGACCGUAGAAUACAGGGUCAUUUGGAUGUUGAGUUAAACGAUGCUGGGAGGCAGCAAGCAGCUGCAGUGGGUAAUAGAUUAUCCAAGGAUCCCAAAAUCUCCCUUGUAUAUUCUUCUGACCUGAGUCGAGCUUAUGAGACUGCACAGAUAAUUGCAUCCAAGUGUGGUGGGCUAACGGUUGUAACAGAUCCUGAUUUACGAGAAAGGCAUUUAGGUGAUCUUCAAGGACUUGUUUACCAUGAACUUGCCAAACUUAAACCUCAGGCUCACCAGGCCUUUUUAUCUCGUGAGACAUGUCAAGAGAUCCCAGGGGGUGGAGAAAGUCUUGAUCAACUUCAUCGACGCUGCACAUCUUCAUUGCAGCGAAUUGGCAAUAAACACAAAGGAGAGCGAGUAGUUGUGGUCACUCAUGGGGGGGUCAUCAGAACACUCCUCAAGAAAGGUUACCCAAAUGGCAAGUCUAUAGGCAAAGUAGCCAAUACAUCGAUCCACAUAUUUCACUUGUACGAUGACGAGAAAUGGGCCGUAAAAUCCUCGGGUGAUGUUAGUCAUCUUAACCAAACAGAUUUUCUGCAAUCAAAUUUCGGUGGUGACGAAAAAUCUGGUUAGGUCCUAGUUUCAGGUGCUCUCUCAAUUUGUGGUAAUCAAUUGAAUGCUAGAACUACCUAGUCACUAUUCAGUAACAAUUUCGUUUAGCUGAUGCUGAAUAAUCGUAUUAAGGCGGCCUAGAUUAAAGCCGCUUGUAUGUUUUUACAAUCGAACGAUAACAAUAUGUUGUAUUGAAUUGAUUGAUAUGAUUCUUGGCUAUGUUGAACAUUGCUUGCAUCU